AUGGCAGCUGCAAAUGGCGAAACCGCCGUCACGCAGGCCGACAAGAAUGUGGAGAUGUGGAGAAUUAAAAAGCUUAUUAAAAGUUUGGAGGCUGCGCCGUCAGUGCCAAACAACGGUCUCGUUGUUUAUUGCGGAACAAUCAUUACCGAUGACGGCAAGGAAAAGAAAGUCAACAUUGACUUUGAACCCUUCCGCCCCGUCAACACAUCCCUGUACUUAUGUGACAACAAAUUCCACACCGAAGCACUCAACGCGCUUCUCACCGAUGACAGCAAGUUUGGAUUUAUAAUCAUGGAUGGUAACGGAGCUCUGUUCGGCACCCUCUCUGGGAACACCCGUGAAGUCUUGCAUAAGUUCAACGUUGAACUACCUAAAAAGCACGGACGAGGAGGUCAGUCCGCCGUCCGUUUUGCCCGACUGAGAAUGGAGAAACGUCACAAUUACGUUCGAAAGGUUGCUGAAACUGCCGUUCAGAUGUUCAUCACGAAUGACAAGGUUAAUGUCGAAGGUCUUAUUUUGGCCGGUAUUGCCGAUUUCAAAAGCGACUUAAGCCAGUCUGGGAUGUUCGACGCGCGAUUGCAAGCCAAGGUGCUCAAAAUUGUAGAUAUAUCUUAUGGCGGUGAAAGUGGCUUCAACCAAGCUAUCGAACUGGCGAGUGACACCCUUGCCGGCGUCAAGUUUAUACAAGAAAAGAAACUUAUUCAACGUUACUUUGACGAAAUAUCCCAGGACACGGGCAAAUUCUGCUUCGGUGUCGAUGACACUCUCCGAGCCCUUGAAAUGGGAGCCGUGGAUUCACUUAUAGUGUGGGAAAACUUGAAUGUCACUCGCUACGUUCUCAGCUCAGGAACAGGUGAAGAAACCAAGAUAAUCCACCUGCGGCCUGAACAGGAACGCGACAGGAGCCACUUCAUCGAUCCCGAAACUCAAACAGAAAUGGAAAUUGUUGACAGCCAGCUCCUCCUUGAUUGGCUAGCGCUAAACUACCGAUCCUUUGGUGCCAUCCUCGAAAUUGUCACCGACCGUUCACAGGAGGGUUCUCAGUUUGUGCGCGGUUUUGGUGGCAUUGGAGGUAAGUAG